GAAAAAGAAAAGCACAAGGCCAGCUGAUUCUCUCUGAAGAGUGGACUUUGGGAUACCUUUCCCAGGAACCCCCAUCCCACUCCCUCUGCCCUUUACUCUCCACCACGCACACAGCUCCCCAGGGGACCAGGCCACCCUGGACCUUGCUACUUCCUGCUCCUUGCAGCCAUAGCUCAGAGACGAUGGAGCUGUGGAGGCAGCUGAGUCAGGCUGGACUGGUGCCUCCGGGGCUGGGCCCACCCCCCCAGGCCCUGAGGGAGGUCUCCCCAGUGGAAAUCCCUGGUCAGACCCUCAGGACUGCAGGGGCAGACACUGGAGGUGCCUGCGAUAGUCUGCUGUGGAUCAGGGAGGAGCUGGGGAACCUGCGCCGAGUGGAUGUCCAGCUGCUGGGACAGCUGUGCAGCCUGGGGCUGGAGAUGGGGGCGCUGCGGGAGGAACUGGUCACGAUAUUGGAGGAGGAGGAGGAGAGCAGCAAGGAAGAGGAGGAGGAUCAAGAGCCCCAGAGGAAGCAGGAGGAGGAACACCUGGAGGCCUGCCCAGCCCCACAUCCACCUGACUUUGAGAUGAUGAUCUGAGGCUCUGCCAGUGGAUUUAGAUUGACAUACAAAUGAGAUGCAAAUGCAUGUAAAGGGGAAGGGAGAUUUGCAGGUCAAGUCAGAUGUGGAAUCAAGUAUACCCCUUUAGUAAGUGCUUUCUCUGAAGGUGCCUGCAAUGAUAUUUAGGCAUUGGCCUGUGAGCUAUGGGUGUGUUUGCAGAUGACAUGAGGAUGUGUUUGGAGGUGAUGUGGGAGGUUGUAGAGAAGUUGCAGGUGCUUUCGCAGAUGAGCCUCAGGUGUGCUGCUGAGAUGGGGAUCUCUGCAAAUAUGGUGAUGCAUACAGAUGCGAUUUCAGAUCAACGCUGUCCGGUAUGGUAGCCACCGGACACACAUGGUUAUUUAGUGCUUGAAACAUGGGGACUGCAAAUUGAGAUGUGCUGUGAGUGUAAAAUACACACCAAAUAUUAAAGGCUUAGUAUGAUGAAAAGAACAUAAGACAUCUCAAUAAUUUUUAGAUUACUUGUUGAAAUAAUAAUAUUUUGAGCAUAUCAGUAUUAGUAAAAAUAUUACUAAAAUU